UUUAUCCAAUUUUGAUAAAAAUGGCAGAAAAAGAGGCAGAGAAUUCACUUAAUGAGGACGCACGUAAUACACAGCCAACAUCAAAUAACAGCUUACAUAGAGACUUGGAACUUGAGAAUCAGGAGUUAAAGAAGAAACUUGAUGAAGCGCUUGAAACUUGUAGGAGCUCUCGAGUUUAUACCAGAGAAAUAGAGUUAGACAAGUCAAAAUUAGAAGAGAUACUAAAAGUAAAUAGAUUGGGUGAAGACCAGUUUCUAAUAAGCAUGGAACAGCAAAUGCGUCAAAGAAGAGAAUGGAAUAGCAAAUGUUCUGAGCUUCAAGGUUUAGGAGUUGAACCUUUAACUAAAAAGAGGAAACUUGAAGGAGAAUAUAUUGAAGAUAUCAAAUAUGAAAUUAAAUAUGACAUUUCCGAAACCAUGCAGAAGGAAUCUGAUAAAUCAGUGGAAGAUACAACAGAUGAGGUAGUCGUUUGCGGAGACGACAUUGUUAAAGAGGGUGACACCAUUGAGGAUGAUUCAGCAGUUGACUUAAAAGAUGAAAGUGUUUAUGAUGAUGACAAUAAUCCAAGUGACAUGAUUGAAGCAAAUGAAACUAUUAAUGAAAAUUACGACAACACAGUGAUUGACUUAACAGAUGCAAUGGAAGUUCAGAAAGAGCAGAAACAGUUGGAAGCACAAGACUCCAAUGAAAAAUUAAAAGCUGAAGAGAAGAUCAAAGAGCUGACACUUAAAAUCUCUGAACUUUCGAAAAGCUAUAUCAGACUACAGAAAGAUAAAGAUGAAAUUCUUGAUUCUAUCAAUGAUAAGUUAAAGAAAUUCUCACCUAAAGAACCAAGUCCUGCUAAUCAGGAGGAGUUAAAUCCAGAAACUAAAAAAGAUAUUGUAAUGACCAAGCUUAAUAACCUGAUAGAACGGAAUAGAGUUCUUCAGACUAGGGUAAAUACUGAGAAGCAGUUAGUUCAGAACUUGAAAGAAGAUAAAUGUAAAGAUUUAACUGAGAUCGAAAGACUAAAAGAUAACCUUGCAAUUACAAAGAAGAAGAUUGAUGAACUGAAUAUUGAUCAUGAAGAUUUAAACAAAACUAAGAAUAUCAACAAAGAUCUUGUAGGAGAGGCCUUAAAAAUCAAAGAAGAACUAAAUGACUCAAUCAAGAAUAUGGCUGUUCUUAAAGAAGAAAAAGAACAACUUCUUCAGAAGGUUCAAGAUCUUGAGGUUAAAGUUAGUCAAAUCGAAAAGCAGAGUGAAACUUCUAACUAUAAGUUGAAUUCCCAAACUAUUCAACUGGUGAAGAUAAAGAACAUGUUGAAGGAAUUUUCAUCAGGAACCGAAAAGGAUGAUGUAAUUGCCCAACUUACCAAACUGAUCAACCAGAACAGGAAUUUAAGGAAAAUAGUAAGUACUCAAGAUCAGGACCUAAAAAAUAAUAGAAAUGAAAUAACUAAACUUAAAGAUGGAUCAGUGUUUAAACAAUUGCAAGAGCAAAUAAAAGCAAAAUUAGUAGAAAUAACUCAUUUGAAACAAGAAAUAAUUUAUCUCAAAAAAGGCAACGGAAUGCUUCAAGAAGAAAGGGAAGAUCUUCGAUCAACAAUCAACCAACGGGUUGGCCUACGAUCAUAUAGGCAAGGAGUCUACAAUGUGGGAGAAAAUAGAGGAGGAUGCGUUUUACAGUUUGGGAAUAUUGUUGAUGGAAAUAAUGAAGCUGAGGAAGAGCAGAGCAGAGGCGCUCUGGAGGACAGAUUGGGAGGCCGCCAGGGGGGAAUGUAGACAGAGACAUUAUAAUUUCAAAUUUGGUAUUUCGAAAAAUGUUUUGUACAACAAAAUUUAAAAUUUUUUAGUCUCAAUAAGAACAAAGUUCAUUAAAUAUGGUAAAUAAUGAGAAGCAGUUAGUAUAAGGUCUUGAGGUUCAUUCCUUAAACCUUGAUAAUGGUUCAAAAUCAAAACUUUAAUACAACUUUAAUUAAUUUUAAAGGCUAGACAAAAAUGCUCUGGAUUCAACGAAAAAUUUAAAAUUAACUUGCACUUAUGAUGAGUUUUAUUGAUAUUAAGCUUUUAAUGGUGAUGGGAAUAUCUUAUAUUGUAUACAAAUUUGAAUAUUGUACAGGAAUAUUUAUUUUCAGAAAUUAGGAGUCGGGGUGGAUGGGGGGGGGGGGGUGAAACACUGAAUUUGGAUUAAUUUUCACAAAAAAAAAAUAUACUGGACUGUAACCGAGAUAGACUGAUCCAGAUGAUUGUCAUUUAUCAACUUUUAGUUAAUUUCCGGCCCUUGGCAGAUUUCUUUUGAAGAGGGAUUGACCUGGAAGGUUAAUUAUUAUAAGCAUGAGUCGGGAGGGGAAUGGAAACCAGUUUCCAAGAAAAUAUAUACUCCUGAAUUCACGUAUCUUUACAUUCAUUAGAUUUUAUUUAUGUCACAUUUUAUAUUAGUUUUAAGCUAUGGUGGAGAAUAUGCAUUUUUCUUGGACUUUAUUUCUUCGGAAUGAAGGUUAAUCGAAUUAUUUUUAUUAUCAUAAUACUAGCUGAAGGGCCCGGCGUUGCCCGUGAAAAAUUUUUUUUAAAAAAU